AAUGAGCGGCUCCAAGGUCACCUCAUGGAAGCUUAUUGGCACCUGACACGCCACGCAGACAGAGAUUGGGACCGACUUAGGUACCUUCUGCGCAUGGAUCGACUCUGUAGAGACUGUAUCCAACACAGCGACCUGGUGCUUGCUUCCACUGGCUACCCAGGCACCAGCAGGCCGGACCCCUCGCCGCGUGUGGACGUCUUGCCCGUCUCGACACCCAGAAUCAAUACCCCCAGUGCGCCCCUCGAGGUCAUCCAAACUACAAACAAGACCUGGAAUGGAUGCAAGUUCGCCUGCCCCAAUGAAUCAAAUCGCUUGCAUUGCUCAGGCUGUGCCACACAGCAUUCGGUUCGAGCCUUCUCCAAGGCACAGACAGAGAAGAGCGACGGAAGCCGUAUUUGCAUCGGCCGGGAAGGAGUCCUCCGGCUAUGCGAGCACCAGCAUAUCAAGUGGUCCGACAUUGAAGCCCACUUUCUUCGACAGCAUAAUCCGGACAAUCGCAGUCAACUAGUCCCAAUAACAUGUCAACUGAUGUGCGAGCACGAGAGACGUAGCACAGGCAACAAACAUGCACCGAAAUACGGUUUUAGGCCACGUCUCACGGUGUCGGGGAACUCGAACAUGCAAUAUGAUAUCGAUUGGUCUUGGACCAUCCACCACACCCUGACACUUGAUACAAAUGGUCAGUUGGAUAAGGAUGAGGUCCGAGCGAUGUUCGAAGUCGACUUCAGGGGCGUGGCUGGCACCAUCUUUACCGGCACACGAAACGGCGACGCGCUCAAAAGAGCGAUGUCAUGCUUUCCAGCGUCUUCGUGCACCUGUCUUAAUCAUACCGGGGUUCAACAACCACCAAAAGAUUCAGAGGGCUAUUUUCAAUGUCUCUUUGAGGAUUGCCCGCCCUCCCAAGCCGGCAAGAAACAUGCAUCAGUCCUUGAGUACGACAGUUUUGCCCACGGGAUGCUUGCUAAGCGCAUUGAAAUCGAUCGGUGUCUCGGAUACUUUCCCUGGUCCGAUAAGGGCCAAACGAAGCGGCCAUGCCUCACCAUAAGAUACAGCCGAAAGAUCGGUGGUAGGCUAGGCGCCAAGCCGGAAUUGCCAUAUCUGGCCGGUUUGGCGCACUUGGACCCAAUAAUUCCCCCCCACGAGUGGCUACAUGCCCUGGACCCGACUUCCUACGAGCUCAACGACAACACCACGACUGUCGGGAACGUGUGGCCUGUGUGCCGCGAUAUCUCCUGCGGGAAUCAUUAUGCAAGAUAUCAGACGACACACUGUGGUGACAGAAGACCUUCUAGUGCCCCCCGUGAUUGGCGCUAUUGA